CGAUGCAAUUGGAAGAAAUAAAAUUUUUGAAAGUCGGGUGCCAGAUUCAGGUAGGUUUUGUUGCAACCUUCUAAUAAUGUUGUUAAGGACUCGAUUACACCUGAAUUUUCAAGACCUAUUUCUCGGAUGGAAUAUGAUAUUAUUAAGAGUUUUAUCCCUCAUUUUGAUGGGAAACCGUCCCGAGUUAAUGAUUUUAUUGCACAAUGUAGGCGCGCAGAUGCAUUAGUUAAAACGGAGGACAAAACCCUUCUAUUAGAAAUAAUUCGUAAUCGUAUGGAACACCGGGUUUAUAGGAGUGUAGUGGGGGACAAUAUUUUAAAGACUGUAGAAGAAUUAAUUUCAUUGAUAAAAUCUGCGUUUGCCCAAAGCUUUGAUGUGAAUAAUAUCCAUAACGAAUUAAAAGCAGUAUAUCGCCGCGAACAUGAAACGACUGAGGAGUUCGGAUUCCGGGUUAGUGAUAUUUUAGAUCGCGGGGAGCAGGCAGCGAAAGAGGAGUUAAGUUCGGAAGAGCUUGGAGGGGUUAGGAAAUUGCUUAUGAAGAGCGCGGUAACCGGGUUUUUAAGGGGACUAAGAAAUAAUAUUAUCGCGAGUAGCAUCUCCAAGGAUGGAGUCAAGGAAUUAAAGGUAGCUAUAAGGUUAGCCUCUCAAGUUGAAGAACAAUUAGAUUUUCCUAAAUCAUCAGGGAAUCUUAAUGUUUUUGGGGACAAUUCAAAAGUUUUAGUCACCACGGAAACGCGCAAAUGUAAGUGUUUUAAUUGCGGUAGGACGGGUCAUAUUAGCGCAGAUUGUUGGUCGCGAGGGGGCCGUCGCUUUGUAAAUCCGAAUCGCGAUACGACAUUUAGAUGUCGGAAGUGUGGUAAAUCGGGUCAUAGAGAGCAAUCGUGUUACAGAAAGAACACUUACCACACACUGAUAGAAAAUCCACCGUCUGCACGUUCUUCGACUCUCGAAAACCGGGAAAAUUCUUUAAACUCAAAAGGGGCCGCUGCAACGGGCGCGAUAGCGAGGGAACCCCUGAUUUCCCGCGCCGGAUCCACCGCGUCUGCCGCGAAACCGAUUUAGGUCGUAAAACGCAGUCUCCGGUAAUUUCGUUAGUACACGAACACUUUCGGGAUGGAUCAGCUAGGU